AUGCGAGGACAUGCGAGGUUUGGACAAGGUGGAAAACUGAACCCGAGAUACAUCAGUCAUUACCCGGUAAUCGCGAAGGUAGGAGCUGUGGCGUACCGUCUUGGACUACCAUCAGAGUUGGACAACGUUCACGACGUAUUCCACAUAUCAAUGAUACGAAAAUAUGUGGUAGACCCUUCCUACAUGAUACAACCACAAGAAUUGGAGUUCACUAGUGCUAUGCGUUUCCGGGACGAGCCACUGCAGAUCGUGGAUCAGAAGAUCAAAAAGGUGCGAACCAAGGAGGUGCCACUCGUCAAGGUGGUAUGGCGAAGCCAAGGGGUCUCCGAUAUGACAUGGGAACCUGAGGCAGAGAUGCUGUGA